GCUCUCAACGUCAAACGGUACAGACAGACAAGAAGGCAUAAAAAGCCUCCCUUCCCCUCCCUCUGGCCUCUUCCUCUUCUCCUUUUCCUUUUUUUUUGUUUACUUUCCUUGUCUUGUAUGCUAGUAGUAGUGACAGUAAUGGCGGUCUUGUGGUGGUGAUUAUAGCACUGGUGGCGUGGUUGGUGGGAGAGAAUAAAUGCUGGGUUUGAGAGAGCAGAGACCCUACACGGUGCUUAUGAGUUAUGAGGAAGAGAGAGACAGAGAGAGAGAGGGAGAGAGACAGAUUUCUUCAUGUUUGAUGCAUAUCAUUGUGAAAAAAGAAAGUUUUGGGAAAGAGAGAGAGAGAGAGAGAGAGAGAUGAACAUGCACGUGGUACAGCUUCAGCUGGUGCCAACCGCUAAGUACAUGGGUUUUUAAAAGCCGUUUGUAUUAAAUUUGGCUCACCUGCUUCCUUUCCAGCCGAGACAAACAGUCACCAUUUCCACACAUUCACUCCCAUGCUUGCUUGCCCCUCCAUUCUCUUUUUCUCUUUUUCUCUCUUUCUCUUUCUCUCACUUACCAAGCUUAGAUUUUGCUACGUGGGUUCGGCCCCAGAGAAGAAGAAGACCCAGAUCUUUGUUGUUCAGGCUUGAGAGAGAGAACCCAGAAGCAGAGGAAGAUGUUAUUAUAGGUACUUGCAUUUCAAAAUUUUUGCUUGAAUAAAUGUGUUCAUAUUUUCGGGGGUUUUUUCUUCAAUUUCAGUGAAGAAAGAUGUUGUUGUUUGGUCAUGAUCGUGAUGUUGUGUUUCUCAUUCUCAAAAGAUCGUUACAUUCAGUAGCUAGAAAGCCCAGAUCUUGUCUAAGUUGGAUCCAACUAUCAUAAUGCCAAACGGAUAGACUCUUUCAAUUACCAGCCCAGUGUUGCGAGCAUGAGAAGACUCUAUCAAUUCCGUCUUUCUCAUGCUCUUUUGUGCUUUCUUUCUUGCUUUCUUGGAAUUGCUACAGUUUUGCCGCUAACUGAGAAAGAGAUUUUGCUUCAGUUCAAGGGAAACAUUUCCAUUGAUCCAAACAAUAGCUUAAGUUCAUGGGUUUCGAGUGGGGAUCCUUGCCAAAAUUACAGUGGUGUGUCCUGUAACUCAGCUGGAUUCGUUGAAAGGAUUGUGUUGUGGAACAGAAGUCUUGCGGGGGUAUUAUCCCCGGCCUUAUCCGGUUUGAAGUAUUUGAGGAUUUUAACAUUGUUUGGAAAUCAAUUUUCUGGUAAUAUCCCACAAGAAUAUGCUGACAUUCAGACAUUGUGGAAGAUCAAUUUGAGUUCCAAUGCGUUAUCCGGGUCAAUCCCAGAGUUUAUUGGUGAUUUGCCAAGCAUUCGGUUUCUAGAUUUGUCAAGGAAUGGUUUUACUGGGGAGAUACCAUCAGCUUUAUUCAAGUAUUGUAAUAAAACCAAGUAUGUUUCUCUGUCUCAGAACAAUCUUUCGGGUUCUAUUCCUGUAUCAAUUGUGAAUUGCAUGAAUCUUCAAGGGUUUGACUUCUCUUUCAACAAUCUCAGUGGUGGCAUUCCUUCGGGUGUUUGUGAUAUUCCAAUGUUAGAGUAUCUAAUUUUAAGAAGCAAUCUGCUUUCAGGAAGUGUUCAAGAUCAGAUUUCAGCAUGCCAAAGACUGAAAAUUUUGGACCUCGGUAGCAACUUGUUUUCUGGGCUGGCACCAUUUGGCAGUCUUGGAUCGAAAAAUCUUUCUUUAUUCAAUGUAUCUCAUAAUGGGUUUUCUGGGGAGAUUCCUGAGAUGACAACAUGCAGUGAGAAAAUGGAGUUUCUGGAUGCUUCAGCAAAUAAUUUGGAUGGGGAAAUUCCACUGACCAUUACAAAUUGUAGAAGUCUCAAGGUUUUGGACUUGGGGUUUAACAGGCUGAAUGGGAGUAUCCCAGUAGAAAUUGGAAGCAUGGGGAUGCUAUUGGUGAUUAGAUUGGGUAAUAAUUCGAUAGGUGGGACGAUUCCGAAGGAGUUUGGAAGCAUUGAGCUGCUUCAGGUUCUGGAUUUGCACAAUCUCAAACUUGUUGGCGAAAUUCCCGACGAUAUAAGCAAUUGCAGGCUUCUUCGUGAGCUGGAUGUUUCUGGGAAUGCUCUAGGGGGGGAAAUUCCUGAUACCCUUGACAACAUGACUAACCUGGAAGUCCUUGACCUACAUCAAAACCAACUCAAUGGGAGCAUCCCUCCAAGCCUAGGAAUCAUUUCAAAACUCCAAUUUUUCGAUUUGUCACAUAAUUUGAUUUCUGGACCAAUCCCCUCUUCUUUUGGAAAUCUUACAAUGUUAACUCAUUUGAAUGUCUCCUACAACAACCUCUCAGGCACCAUUCCUUCAACUAUCCAGAGUUUUGGUCCAUUUGCAUUUUUUAACAAUCCCCUGCUCUGUGGGCCCCCCUUGGACACAUCUUGUUCAGCAAAUGGCAGAAGGACGAGUUCCACGCCAAGGAAAACAAAGGUGCUAAGCAAUUCUGUCAUUGUCGCAAUUAUUGCUGCUGCUUUGAUCCUUGUUGGGGUUUGUGUAGUAUCUAUCAUGAACAUCAGGGCUCGCAGUAGGAGAAGAGUUGAUGAAGCAAUGGUUGUUGAGAGCACACCACUAGGUUCAACAGAAUCAAAUGUAAUAAUUGGGAAGCUGGUUCUCUUCAGCAAAAGUUUGCCCUCCAAGUAUGAAGACUGGGAAGCUGGCACCAAAGCUUUGCUUGACAAGGAGUGUCUGAUCGGUGGUGGGUCGAUUGGUAUGGUCUACAGGACUAAUUUUGAAGGUGGGAUAUCAAUUGCGGUGAAGAAGCUUGACACUCUAGGAAGGAUCAGAAACCAAGAUGAAUUUGAGCAAGAAAUCGGACAGCUAGGCAACCUUCGACACCCAAAUCUUGUAGCUUUUCAGGGUUACUACUGGUCCUCGACAAUGCAGUUAAUUCUAUCCGAAUUUGUCCCUAACGGGAAUCUGUAUGAUAAUCUUCAUGGGCUUGAUUAUGCUGGCACCAGUGCUGGAGGCAGCAAUACUGCCUUAUAUUGGUCUAGAAGGUUUGAGAUUGCGCUUGGAACAGCACGUGCCCUAGCAUACCUUCACCAUGACUGUAGACCUCCAAUUCUUCAUCUCAACAUCAAAUCGACUAACAUACUCUUAGAUGAGAAGUAUGAAGCUAAGCUGUCAGAUUAUGGGUUGGGAAAAUUGCUUCCCAUUUUGGAUAACUAUGGUUUAACUAAAUUCCACACUGCAGUUGGGUAUGUUGCUCCAGAGUUGGCUCAAAGUUUGAGACUGAGUGAGAAAUGUGAUGUUUAUAGCUUUGGAAUUAUUCUCUUAGAGCUGGUUACAGGGAGGAAACCAGUGGAGAGUCCAAGAGCAAAUGAGGUGGUGGUUUUGUGUGAAUAUGUUAGGGGGUUGUUGGAGAGUGGCUCUGCUUCAGAUUGUUUUGACAGAAGUUUGCGCGGGUUUGUGGAGAAUGAGCUUAUUCAGGUUAUGAAGUUGGGGCUCAUUUGUACAUCUGAGGCUCCUUCAAGGAGACCAAGCAUGGCAGAGGUUGUUCAGGUUCUUGAAUCUAUCAGAACUGCAUUGGGGUAAUAUGAUUAGUGUACAUUAGUGGGUUUAUUGGACAACCUACAAAACAUAACAUAUUUUUGGUGCAGAUAUGGAAGCAAAUGAUCUAGCUGCAAUUGAACAUUGUUUAGUUGUGCUAAGGAGACAAAGGAAUUGCUCAUUUAACAUAUAUAAGAAAUAGAAAAUUCAUUCUUUCGUAUAUGUUUUUGAGGUGUUAUCAUCAAUUGUUCAUGACAUUUAAAAUCCUUUGUUAUUAUAAAAUCAUUCGUUUAUUGUUUCUCA